AUGGCUUCUUUAGGCAUCAAUCUCGGUAUGUUCGGGCAUGAAUCGGCGGGCCAACUAUUGGGCCGGGCCGAUGUGGAUUAGGUUGAGUAUGUGCGGACCGGGCUCUGA